CAUAACCAGACUUCCUGUUACUGGGGGUUAGUAUUAUUUACAAAACUUAAUUUUCAACUUGUGCUUUUCAACUUUCUGCAGUUGGGCCCGGAGAACAUUGGUUUCAGGGCAAAUUAGAAUUUAUGCUGAGUCAACGUGGUAAGCCUCUGCUUGUACAUGACGGUCAUACGUUUGGCAUCCAGUAUGUGCGCAAGGAUAAGAAAUAUUGGCAAUGUAAUUUAUCCCGCAAGUUCAAUUGCAAAGCACGCGUAACCACCACCGAUACUGGAGAGAUUAUUGUUACUAAUAACGAACACUGUCACACAGAAAUCCGACAACAUUUGCGCAAAGAUUAUCAACGCAACAAGGUUAUGAUGAAUGCCCUCAUCAAUUUAAGUACAAAUCGUUUAGCAGUGGAAAAUUUCCGGCGUCAUAAUAGCAUUGCCAAUAAUUUAAGUAAUUUGCAAUCUAUAGUAGCUGCAGCAGCUUCAACACCAUUAGCCUUACAGUCGCAUAUCGAGGGUGUAAAUCCUACCACAGGUAAUCUUUUAGAUUUGGGUAAACGAUCAACCAGCUCUAUGGAUAUUGACAACCACUUCAAACACACUCAAACCCCUCAUUACGAACACCGCAUACACAACCCCAUGCAUAAGGCUGAGGAAGAUGACUCCCACGAUGAACCACUAGAUUGUGGUAUUAGAUCAUCGGCAUAUCAGAACGAACGAGAAAGUGCAAACAUUUUAAAUGAAAAUAAUAGUAACAAUCCCAAUACUCCCCAAUCGACUAUACACACUGAUACCAAAAAUGAUUGGCAAUGCAAAAAUGAAGAGUUUCAAUAGGAUAAAAUCAUAAAAUAAAUAAAUUUGUCAAGAAUUAUGCAUUUCCUGUUGAAUAUUGAAAUGUUGUUUUGGGGAUUUUCGUUAUUCGUAACAAAAUAUGAACAUCCAUAAUAAGAAAGUAAAUUCAACCACAUACAAUCAUUUUUUUUAUUAAAAUUUAUUUUAUUUUAAAUAUAGAUUUAAGUGAUAUUCGUAAUAUCGAGCUUGAUGAUACCCAAAAUUACGAUGAUGUUAAUUUGCCAAUAGUCUGAUGCCGUUUUCUUUUCUGGGAAAAACUGUUGCUAUUUAUACCCUACACCACCAUCAUGGGGAGGGUAUAUUGGGUUAGUGCUGAUGUUUGUAACAUGCCUAAAUAGUGUCCCAACACCCACCUUAAAGUAUACCAAUCUGCUCAGGAUCACUUUCUGAGUUAGGGUAGCCAGAUACUGAAAUGGCAAAAAAAGUACAUCAAAGAAAAAAAACAGUACAAUUAAUUAAAAAAAAGUACAUUUGUGUUUUUAUUGAAAACGCCUUUAAUUUAUGUUAAUCCCCAAUUUUAUUGAUAAAUUCACAGAAAUUUAUUGUUGGGGGAUAAGCUAGUUCCUAUGCGCAUUUCUGUCAGCGAAAAAGACGUAAGCGACAUAAAUACCCAUUAUCUUGGAAAUAUAUAAAAUAAAUGCAAUAUAUAGUUAAGAAGUAACUGUGCAUACAUACUCAAUUUCACGGUAAUACUUAGACUUCAACCAAGGAUAUUUAAAAAAACCUUCCCCUGUAAAAUUUGGUUUUUGGUGCUUACGUCUUUUUUGCUGUUAUGACUCGAAAUGUUUAAAAUUUAAUUUAUAUACAAAAUACUCUUAACAGUUACGGUCUCGGCUAUAGCAAUUCAAAGAAUAUGUCAACCACGACUGAAAAAAUAAAAACCCUUGAACAUUUUUUCAAGACGAGUUGAAUAGGGAUAAAAUAAACUCCAAUUUUACUAUGUGAAUGUAUUUAGAGCUUAUUAAGCGGAUUUUCGCAUAUUUUUACAUGUACCUCGUUCGUUGUAUGUCACGUACGUAUACCCUUAUUUCGCUCGAUAUUUUUAACAACAAUAGCGAUAUUCACAAUGUAAAAUACUUGGCAUAGUAAAAAAGCAGAAGAGCUAUUUAUUGACAAACAUUUCAAUUUCUAAUGUAUUUUGUUUUACCAGCCCAAGUGCACUACAUUGUGAAUACCGCUAAUGUUACAAUUGUACUUUUUUUUAAAUACCCUCUGAAUGGAACAGUUAAACUUAUUUUUACAAAAAAAUUAAUUCCAGAAAAGAAAACGGCAUAAAUCAAAACAAUGUUGUGGACAUUUUUGGCAUUUCGCAAGGAUUAAAAACGGUGAAAAUACUAUUAUUUUUGAAGAAAUUAAUUAUUAAAAAUAAAAAAAAAAUAAACAACAAAUUCUUGAAAUAUUUAAGAAAUUUAUUUCAGCGCAGAAGAAAUUUUUGUACACACUCACUCGAUUACUAUUUAAAAUACUAGCAAAUGAUUUUAAUUUUGCACAUGGUAGGUUACCGAUUCGAAAACGUAAAAAGAUUUCGCUAAUUUAAAUUAUUUCGGUAAUGGUAUUUAAGCGGUAACGAUAUCUUGGGUUAUUUCGUAACGGUAUUUGAUGUUAGUGCGGUAAUUUCAAUCUGACUUAAAUUACAAAAAUUUUAAAAAAAUCUUGAUUAGUUCCAUGAUACAACAAUAUAAGGUACACUCAGUAGAAAAUAAAUUCUCAAUUAUACAAUUCAUGUAACGUCAAACAAAAGAAAAUAUAAAAAAAUAUGAAAAUCAAAAUUUGACGUUAUAGGGCUAAAUAUUGAAAACUCUCCCUAGUGAUUCUACCUUCUACAAUUAUUGUAUCAUGGAUUAGUUCAUAAUUACAAUAAACUUAUCAAUGAGAACUGAACAUAUUUACAUAUAAUUUAAAUUUGACAUGAUUCCAAACGAUUUCUCUUCAUAUUGACAAAGUUUUACAUCAUGUGCCAACAUGUUUUAUUAUCAAGAUUUUAACGUCUAUAAAAAUUUACAAUUAAAAAAACACAUUUUAGGAUGGACAUAAUUAUCAAUGAGGUAAAUUAAAAUAAGUAGUACAUAACUAUUAAAAAAAAAACGUUUUUAACAAGAUAUAAAUAAGAAAAUAAAAUUUCAUUCCAAUUAAUCAAAAUUUAUAUUAAUAUACGAUUGAUAACUAAUAUACUCUUUCUUAGUUCAUAGUAAUUAUUGUUAGUGUAAUUAAUACAAAUUAAUAUUAAUUAAACCAAAAUAACCACAAACAAGUUAAAAAAAAUUAUUUAAUUAUAGUAGUAAAGUCGAGUAAUUCUAAUAACAAGUUUUUGAUCUUUAGUUCAUAAAUUUCUACUAAAAUUACAUCAGUCAAUACUCAAUAUAAAAUUCUUAUUGAUAGACUAUAUUCAAAACAUGCCACCUCGAAUUUUAGUCAAACUGAGUUUUUAAUUGCUCCACAUUCGAUAUCAAUUUAAAGGCGUAUAAAUAAGUUUUGUGAUUUUUCUAUAUUUGUUUUUGUUAUUUUGCUAUCUCUAAAUACAAAUUGUUAAUAAAAUAUUAUUCAACAUAAUUUGUUAUAAGAAUUAAUUUUAAAUUUAUUUUUAAAUCUGAGAUGCUGAUAUAUCAGUGUUAAAAAAUUAAUAUUCAUACGUGUAAAAUGUAACUAAACUGAAUUGAAAUUUUUCUUUGCUCUCUUGAAAACUAGGGUGUGUUCGUAAAUGCAGUAAAUUUGUGAAUCACUGAUGCCACGGCCUGCAAACUUUUGCAACAUAUAACUUAAUGAUGCAUUGGUUGCACAAAUUUGCGGCAUCACUGCCAACAAUUUGCAUUAAAAAAUGUUUGACGUAAAGCAAUAAUCGCAAAUAUGCUUUUUCGAACGCUUAAAUUUUAAUUUGCUGCAGUGAUGCAAUCAUACUGAAUUUACGAACACAUCCAUUGUUAAUUUUGGCAUUUUUUGAAUACGUAUAAACAAAUAUAAUAUAAAAAAUAUACAUAGAUAUAAAUAUAUUCAAAUACUCUUAGUUAUUUUUAAUUUACCAAAGACAUUUCCAAAGAUAAAAUAAGUAAUUUUAACUAAAGCAUAACGAUUUAUAAUAAAAACACUGGCAUUCAAAAGGAAAAUUGUUAACAAGACUUUACGAAAAUAAUAUAUUAAAAUAUUGGUUAAUAAAUGUUGACUAGCUUUGGAAACUGUUUCUGAACACUGGUAUAAGUUACCCCAAAAAUGUAUUCAUUAAAUAAACAAUCAGUUAUGUAUACAUAUUACGAAAUAUUUUCCAAAUGUCAUGUUAAAAAAUAAAAUUGUUUAACUAUGUAGAUCUAAUAUACAUAAGUAAAUAUUUUAUAAAAAAUAAAAAAACGGAUAUGUACCUAUGUGUACAUCAGAAAAUAAUAAAUUAAACUUAAUUAUAGAUAACAUAUGUAUAUUAAAAAUGUUUUUUCUAUGAAAAUAUCCUCUCUAUAUAGUGAGCAAUUUAUCAGAUUUUUAAUAAUUAUAUUGUUUUUUAUUAUAUACACAAUACUUUUAUAUUUUAUUUUUAACAUAUCUAGAUAGUAAAAUUGUUAGACAAAUUACCAUUGCUGUUUAUGAAAUAAAAAUACAAAAUCAUAUUAUUUGGGACUAAA